AGUGCUGGAGAGGUUUUUCUCUCCGCUCUUUUAGCCUUAAUCACGGCGGCGGCUGUAGAUUCAGAGACUUGGGCCGUUUUUAAAACGUUACGGUUCGGGAAUUGGACAAAUAUAAACCUUUACGCUUGGGAGCUUGUGAGAAAUUGCGGGUUUGUGGAAGCCGGGCCUCUGGCGGAGCAGAGUGAGGCCCUCCUGUGAGAGCCAGCAACAGCCAUUCUAACCCAGCUAGCGACGAAAGAGAGAUAGAGAAGGGGAGCCGCAAAAAAGCAGAGCAAAAGGGAGACGGGGGGACAUAACCAUUUCCAGCCAAGGAGCCCAACAACUCUUCAAUAAAACCGCCCAACAGACUGUCAUGGCAAUGGCUGGGGUCAUCAGAGAAAUUGUUAGCAGAAACAAAAGGAGAUACCAGGAAGAUGGAUUCGACUUGGACUUGACUUAUAUUUAUCCUAACAUUAUUGCCAUGGGAUUCCCUGCUGAAAGACUUGAAGGUGUCUACAGAAACAACAUAGAUGACGUAGUACGGUUUCUGGAUUCAAAACAUAAAGAUCAUUACAAGAUAUAUAAUCUAUGUGCAGAAAGACAUUAUGAUGCUAAUAAAUUUAACUGCAGAGUUGCACAGUACCCCUUUGAAGACCACAAUCCACCCCAGCUAGAGCUUAUUAAACCUUUUUGUGAAGAUCUUGACCAAUGGCUGAGUGAAGAUGACAAUCAUGUUGCAGCAAUUCACUGUAAAGCUGGAAAGGGACGAACGGGUGUAAUGAUAUGUGCUUAUUUGCUACACCGAGGCAAAUUUCUAAAAGCACAAGAAGCACUAGAUUUUUACGGUGAAGUGAGGACCAGAGACAAAAAGGGAGUGACAAUUCCCAGUCAGAGACGUUAUGUAUAUUACUACAGCUUCUUGUUGAAAAACAAGUUGGACUACAAACCAGUGGCGUUGUUAUUUCACAAGAUGGUGUUUGAAACUGUUCCCAUGUUCAGUGGUGGAACAUGUAGGGAUACUACAGUUAAAAACAAGAGCGAGCAGAUUCCUCAUGGUUUCAGAAAAGGGAAUUGGCACUGGGAUCCUCAAUUUGUGGUUUAUCAGCUUAAAGUGAAGAUCCACACAUCAAAUCCAGCACACACAAGACGUGAAGAAAAGUACAUGGUUUUCGAGUUUCCACAACCAUUACCAGUGUGUGGCGACAUCAAGGUGGAGUUUUUCCACAAACAGAAUAAGAUGAUGAAAAAGGAUAAAAUGUUUCACUUCUGGGUCAACACAUUCUUCAUCCCUGGACCGGAACACAAUUCAGAGAAAGUAGAAAAUGGAAGCUUACUUGGAAUAAAAGAACUUGAUGGAAUUCAGAGUACAGAACGAGAAGACGACAAAGAGUAUCUCAUCCUGUCACUGACGAAAAAUGAUCUAGACAAAGCAAAUAAAGACAAAGCCAACCGAUCCUUCUCUCCAAACUUCAAGGUGAAGCUGUAUUUUACAAAAACAGUAGAGGAGUCAUCAAAUUCAGAGGCCAGCACAUCAACUUCAGUAACACCAGACGUUAGUGACAAUGAACCUGAUCACUAUAGAUACUCGGACACCACUGACUCCGAUCCAGAAAAUGAACCUUUUGAUGAAGAUCGACAUACACAGAUAACAAAAGUCUGAUUUUUAUGGGGGGGAAAAACUAAAAACCACAAGAGAAAAGGAAAAAAACUUGAAUAAUAAUCUGAAAAGCAAGUACCUUUUUAAAUGGCAAUAGGACAUUGUGCUGAAUAAAAUGCUGUCAAUUAUAGGAACAGUUCUCUUUUCCUGACCAAUUUUAUCUUGCCCCAUACAUCCACAAGGUUUUGACACUUGUCCAGUGGAAAAAGGUUGCGUAAUGUUAUGUAUAUACCUUUUUGGGUCAAAAGGAAAGUUGAAAAAGAAACUCACAUCAAGAGACGACGGCACUUUCCCCUUUAAUUCCAGUUUUAUUAGGUGGAGACAGUUCUGUUGUGUAUGUAGGAAGAUCUUUCCUGUUGUGUUCCGUCACCAACUGUAGGUGCUAAAAUGCUAACAAGGGUUCAUGUCCUACCCCACUUCGUUCCCACACAACACAAAUGACCAUGUUAUGGUUGGCUAGAAGAAUUGUUAAAAAGGUUUGCUACAUUUAAUGAAAGCAAUUUGUAUAAGAGACGGAAUGAGCACUUGUACAAAGCGGAAACAUGGUCUUUGCUGGUUUAUACACCACCUCCAGCUACUGAAAUGCACCUUUUUAGCUUGUGACGGUAAUGAGUCCAUGGAUUAUUAUGGAAUCAGCUGCUGCUUUUUGUUUUUUCCCCGUUUUUUUCCAAAAAGCAUAAAGGUGCUUAAAAAGGCAGCUAGAGGGAGCAAUUCUGUUAAAUGGAUGGGGGGUGUGGGUGCAUUUAAGAAAUGCUGCUCCAUCUAAGGUUAAAACCAAGGCCAGUGCUUUUGUCGGUCACAUUUAUAUAAUUUUUUUCUUCCGCCCAGUUUUACCUACUGUGAAUGCUUAAUGUGCUGUUUGCAGGCUGUUUCCCAUAAUGUGUAAAAGGGCAGUGGAAACUGCAUGUUGAAAUUCUAGUCUAGCAGUUUUUUUUUGCUUUAUAGCAUCUAAACAUUUUCCAUUCCUUCUGCCACUGUAUUUUUAAGUAUGCAGAAAACGGUAUCCCAUGUAAUUGUCAAUGUGUUAUCUUUUAAUAAUAAAAUUAUACACAAAUCAGCAGGGAAAACAGUGUUGCAAUAAUGUUAACACUAUUCAUUUGAAAAGGCUAAUAGGUGUGCAUGUUAUUGGCAUUACUGUCCAUGUCCUUUUUUUAUUUGUAUUUUUUUAUAUACAUUGUUUUCUACAUAGAUUUCUAACCUGUCAUUUGAAGCCAGAAGUUCAUUAAAAAAAUAGCAUUAACAAGUUCCAUGGUGUCUGGCAGAUAUGGUAAAGAAUAGGACAGUCAAAUCCUAAUAGGAUUGCACUAUGUAAUAAGUGUGUUUCACUGUUCUCCUUGGUUAAUAAUAAACUGAGGAUGUGCUAAAUGUUCAGUGUUCAUCUUAUGAAUUAACCUUAUUGGGGUUUUCAGUAUGAGUAGGCAACUACUUCAGGCAGAGGGCAAAUUAAUCUUGGAUCUGAUUUUAGGUACUCUGGGAUUUCAGAUGUUUGGCUCCCAAAGUCAACUGUUUGUAGCCUUAUUGUGUAAGGUCUAACUAGAUCUAGAUCAUUUUGUAUAUCUAACAAUGGUGCUUACAAACUGCCAAACAGCAAUUGUUAAAUAGAUAAUAAACAGGAGCCAAGAAUCUUUGCCCAACAUACAAUGCAAGUAGCAUUAGUGACACACACACACACACACAUUUGUGGGAGAGAGAAAGAUUAACCUAGAAAUGCAAUGUGCUCCUUGCUUAUCUUUAAUCCAAAAAAGUAGGUGUCUGACUUAAUAGGUUUAACAUUUUCAGUCAGUUUGGAGGGAGGCAGUGCAAGUGUAGAUUUCAGGAAGCCUCUUGCUUGCUUGCUAUAUAUAUGUGUGUGUGUGUAUGUAUAUAUAUAUAUAUAUAUAUAUAUAUAUAUAUAUAUAUAUAUAUAUAUAUAUACACACACACACCAACUAGAACUGAAAUCAGGAUAUCUGGCCUAUUAGUGUGCAGGACAGACCAAAAACACUUUCUUGGGCAGCAAUAUUUGGUGAGGGUUGUAAGCUGCCUUUUGCACUACUAUAUAUGACUGCUGUGUUGAACUGUCCUUGCUAUAUACGACUCUACAUGCUCUGUUCCCUGGGUAUUUUCAGUGAGGGAGGAGUGUAUUUAUUUAGAUAAGAGCAAAUACAAUUGUUGACUCAAGCCAACCCUUUAGUAUAAAGUACAUUUUAUGAUAUAUUUUUUUUUUUUUAUCUGAUUCUGUUUACAUCUAACAUCACAGAAAACCUGCCAAUGUGCAUAUUCAUGAUUUGUUUUUUGUACUGUAUUUGUAUCUCUCUUUCCGCCCCCACCCACCCCCAAACAUAUAAACUAAAGAAGUCAUAGAACAUUUUUUGGGGUGGCCUACUGAAGAUUUCCUUUGCCUUACAUGCUUUAAAGUUGAUGGUGCUUACACUGCUACUGCGUUGGAACUAGUCUACCUUUCUGCCCAAGCAUGACCUAUAGAACGUUUUGGAUGGGGUUAAGGUCACUACAUAUUCUUAAAAGCUUUUGUACUGUUCCAGAUUUUGAGGGUUUCAGUCGGGUCCAUAACUGAGAAUGUCACUUAAAAUUGUCCAACAGGCCUUGUGAACAUGGAGGUGAAACAAAAUGGUAUUGGUGCACCCCCCCCCCCCUCUGUUUUUAUAAAGUACCUACACAUUAACCCACACACAUAUAUAGAAACAAAUGCUUGUUUUUUUUGUUUUUUUUUUAACUUUUUUUUAAAACUUUUUUUCUUGUUUUAUUUACUUAACAGUAUUCAUGGUAUUCUGUAGGUGUUUUCUGUUUUCUGUUUCACUUGAGUUUCUGGACUCUACUCUUACUACUUUUGGAUAUUCAGCAUCUUCAAUGUAUGAAACUGUUCAAGGGCAUCACUGUUAAGGAGCUUACUGUUUGGUCCCAGGCCAUCCCUAAUCAUCUGUAGCCCCACUUUGGAAAGAUUUGCCACAGUACCUUAAGAGAAGAAGAAAACAGAAAAUUAAACUGCUGACAGCCAUAGAGGCCAUUAACUUUGGCACAGGUUAUAAAACUUGAGUGGAGUUCACAGGCAGCAUCACAAUUAAGUUUCAGCUUUAAAAUAUUCAUAAAGGUGCCAGUGUUCAAAUUUUCAUGUCACUAGUGUCCUGCAGAUUUGUGCAAUAUGUUUGAACAAUGCCUGUGGUUGCCACAAAGUGCCUCUUGUUUACUGUUAAAAAAAAUACUGUUUAAAAUACCAGUGUCAUGCAUGCAGAUGGAAGGGGUGGAACUGCAUUAAAUUAAAGGGGCUUUAACUGCAGUGUUGGGCAGAGCUGCCUGCUGCUCUGCCCAUUCGAUUUUGGGUUUCAAUUCAUGUAGAGUAUGUAUACUCAAUAUAUUUUCAGUCUGUUUUUAAAAAAAAAAAAAAAAAAAAAAAAAAAAAAAAAAAAGCCUUAUUCCAUUUCAGCCUGUUCCGAAUACUAUUGUGCUGUGCAACAGUUGCUCUGUGUAAUGUUAUGCACUGAGAAUACACAACCAACAAACCGAUGUAUAAAAUUGUGUAAUGGUCAUACAAAUCAGAUGUCCACUUGUUAAUGUAUGUGUUUAACUACCCUUUAUCUUAGUGUUAUAAACUCCACUUAAAACCAAUUAAAGUCUCAUUCUUGUCA